AUGACAACAACUAGUGCUCCUACAAGCACAACUGUGGUUUCCACAACAACACCCCUGACAACUACAACAAUUAAAACAUCCAUGACCACAGCCCCAACAACUCCAACAAACACGACUGAGGCAACCACAACAAAUGCUCCAACUACAACACCACUUCCAACAACAACAACAACUAAUGCUCCUACAAGCACAACUGUGGUUUCCACAACAACACCCCUGACAACUACAACAAUUCAAACAACCAUGUCCACAGCUCCAACAAGCACGACUGAGAUGUUGACAACCACACAACAAAUUCCUGCUACAACAACUGUUUCUCCUACAAGCACAACUUUGUCUUCCACAACAACAUCUUCAACCACAGCUCCAACAACCACAACUGCGGCUCCCACAACCACAACAAAUUCUCCAACUACAACACCUAUUCAAACAACAACAACAACUAAUGUUCCAUCAACCACAACUUUGCUUUCCACAACAACACUCCCAACAACUACAGCACUUCCAACAACAACAACCACUGCUCCAACAAGCACAACGGAGACAUCGACAACCACACUGCAAAUUCCAACUACAACAACAACUGUUUCUCCUACAAGCACAACUGUGGCUUCCACAACAUUACCUUCAACAACAUCUCCAAUAACCACGACUGAGGCAACCACAACACCACUUCCAACAAUUACAACAACUAAUGCUCCUACAAGCACAACUGUGGUUUCCACAACAACACCCCUGACAACUACAACAAUUGAAACAUCCAUGACCACAGCCCCAACAAGCACGACUGAGACGUCGACAACCACUACGCGAAUUCCAACUACAACAACUGUUUCUCCUACAAGCACAACUGUGGCUUCUACAACAACACCUUCAACAACAGCUCCAACAACCAUGACUGAGGCAACCACAACAAAUGCUCCAACUACAACACCACUUCCAACAACAACAACAACUAAUGCCCCUACAAGCACAACUGUUGUUUCCACAACAACACCCCUGACAACUACAACAAUUCAAACAACCAUGUCCACAGCUCCAACAAGCACGACUGAGACGUUGACAACCACACAACAAAUUCCAGCUACAACAACUGUUUCUCCUACAAGCACAACUUUGUCUUCCACAACAACAUCUUCAACCACAGCUCCAACAACCACAACUGCGGCUCCCACAACCACAACAAAUUCUCCAACUACAACACCUAUUCAAACAACAACAACAACUAAUGAUCCAUCAACCACAACUUUGCUUUCCACAACAACACUCCCAACAACUACAGCACUUCCAACAACAACAACCACUGCUCCAAAAAGCACAACGGAGACAUCGACAACCACAAUGCAAAUUCCAACUACAACAACAACUGUUUCUCCUACAAGCACAACUGUGGCUUCCACAACAUUACCUUCAACAACAUCUCCAAUAACCACGACUGAGGCAACCACAACAAAUGCUCCAACCACAACACCACUUCCAACAAUGACAACAACUAGUGCUCCUACAAGCACAACUGUGGUUUCCACAACAACACCCCUGACAACUACAACAAUUAAAAUAUCCAUGACCACAGCCCCAACAAGCACGACUGAGACGUUGACAACCACACAACAAAUUCCAGCUACAACAACUGUUUCUCCUACAAGCACAACUGUGGCUUCUACAACAACCAUGACUGAGGCAACCACAACAAAUGCUCCAACUACAAUACCUAUUCAAACAACAGCAACAACUAAUGUUCCAACAACAACAACUUUGCUUUCUACAACAACACUCCCAACAACUACAGCACUUCCAACAACAACAACCACUGCUCCAACAAGCACAACGGAGACAUCGACAACCACACUGCAAAUUCCAACUACAACAACAACUGUUUCUCCAACAAGCACAACUGUGGCUUCCACAACAUUACCUUCAACAACAUCUCCAAUAACCACGACUGAGGCAACCACAACACCACUUCCAACAAUGACAACAACUAAUUCUCCUACAAGCACAACUGUGGUUUCCACAACAACACCCCUGACAACUACAACAAUUGAAACAUCCAUGACCACAGCCCCAACAAGCACGACUGAGACGCGAAUUCCAACUACAACAAAUGUUUCUCCUACAAGCACAACUGUGGAUUCUACAACAACACCUUCAACAACAGCUCCAACAUCCAUGACUGAGGCAACCACAACAAAUGCUCCAACUACAACACCACUUCCAACAACAACAACAACUAAUGCCCCUACAAGCACAACUGUGGAUUCCACAACAACACCCCUGACAACUACAACAAUUGAAACAUCCAUGACCACAGCCCCAACAAGCACGACUGAGACAUUGACAACCACACAACAAAUUCCAGCUACAACAACUGUUUCUCCUACAAGCACAACUGUGGCUUUUACAACAACACCUUCAACAACAGCUCCAACAACCAUGACUGAGGCAACCACAACAAAUGCUCCAACUACAAAACCUAUUCAAACAACAACAACAACUAAUGUUCCAAUAACAACAGCUUUGCUUUCCACAACAACACUCCCAACAACUACAGCACUUCCAAUAACAAAAACCACUGCUCCAACAAGCACAACUGAGAGGUCGACAACCACACUGCAAAUUCCAACUACAACAUCUGUUUCUCCUACAAGCACAAAUUUGGCUUCUACAACAACACCUUCAACAACAGCUCCAACAACCAUGACUGAGGCAACCACAACAAAUGCUCCAACUACAACACCACUUCCAACAACGACAACAACUAAUGCUCCAACAGGCACAACUGUGGUUUCCACAACAACACCCCUGACAACUACAACAAUUCAAACAACCAUGUCCACAGCUCCAAAAAGCACGACUGAGAUGUUGACAACCACACAACAAAUUCCUGCUACAACAACUGUUUCUUCUACAAGCACAACUUUGUCUUCCACAACAACAUCUUCAACCACAACUCCACCAACCACAACUGCGGCUACCACAACCACAACAAAUUCUCCAACUACAACACCUAUUCAAACAACAACAACAACUAAUGUUCCAUCAACCACAACUUUGCUUUCCACAACAACACUCCCAACAACUACAGCACUUCCAACAACAACAACCACUGCUCCAACAAGCACAACGGAGACAUCGACAACCACACUGCAAAGUCCAACUACAACAACAACUGUUUCACCAACAAGCACAACUGUGGCUUCCACAACAUUACCUUCAACAACAUCUCCAAUAACCACGACUGAGGCAACCACAACAAAUGCUCCAACCACAACACCACUUCCAACAAUGACAACUAAUGCUCCUACAAGCACAACUGUGGUUUCCACAACAACACCCCUGACAACUACAACAAUUCAAACAACCAUGUCCACAGCUCCAACAAGCACGACUGAGAUUUUGACAACCACACAACAAAUUCCAGCUACAACAACUGUUUCUCCUACAAGCACAACUGUGGCUUCUACAACAACACAUUCAACAACAGCUCCAACAACCACGACUGAGGCAACCACAACAAAUGCUCCAACCACAACACCACUUCCAACAAUGACAACAACUAAUGCUCCUACAAGCACAACUGUGGUUUCCACAACAACACCCCUGACAACUACAACAAUUCAAACAACCAUGUCCACAGCUCCAACAAGCACGACUGAGAUUUUGACAACCACACAACAAAUUCCAGCUACAACAACUGUUUCUCCUACAAGCACAUCUGUGGCUUCUACAACAACACAUUCAACAACAGCUCCAACAACCACGACUGAGGCCACCACAACAAAUGAUCCAACCACAACACUACUUCCAAAAAUGACAACAACUAGUGCUCCUACAAACACAACUGUUGUUUCCACAACAACAGCCCUGACAACUACAACAAUUGAAACGUCCAUGACCACAGCCCCAACAAGCAUGACUGAGAUGUCGACAAGCACUACGCAAAUUCCAACUACAACAACUGUUUCUCCUACAAGCACAACUGUGGCUUCAACAACAACACCUUCAACAACAUCUCCAACAACCAUGACUGAGCACAACUGUGGCUUCUACAACAACACCUUCAACAACAGCUCCAACAACCAUGACUGA